GCGUUAACAAUUUUGGGUUGCGACUUCUGCAAGGGGGAAUGAAGCUACCCGCGAGCUCCGACGUAGGCAUGGUUUUGCCCCCGGUCUGCAGGCGACUUGAGCUGAACGACCCCGCGGGAAUUUUGACAGGUUCACUUAACCCAUUGACAACCAACAUCGCAAGUCUCACCUUGGGGACAUAAUUUAAUAGGCUCGCCCAUUGAGCCCUCCUAAAUCAACAAUCUGUCUCAGCGUCACCUUGUCUUCCCUUCCAAUUGCACAAUGUCGACCUCCGCCACCCAACCCGUCAUAACGCCUUCGGACUCCAAAUCAACCACGAUCCGCGUCGGCACGCGCAAGUCGGCCCUCGCACUCAAGCAAGCCGACUUCGUCGUCACCUCCCUGCAGCGCCUCCACCCCACCAUCAACUUCGAAAUUAAGGGCAUGCACUCAGCAGCCGACAAGGAUAAAGUUACCGCACUCUACAAGUUCGGCGGGAAGGGGCUCUGGACCAAUGAGCUCGAGGCGGAGCUCAUGGGCGGCGAGCUCGACAUGAUUGUGCACUCACUCAAGGACAUGCCCACUGGCUUACCCGAGGGCUGCGUGUUGGCCUGCGUUACCCAAAGGGAGGACCCCCGCGAUGUGGUGGUAGUUAAGAAGAGUCUGGAGGAAAAGUACAAGACAUUGGCGGAUUUGCCAGAGGGUAGUGUGGUGGGGACGAGUAGUGUGAGGCGCAUGGCGCAGGUUCGACGACGAUACCCUGGGUUGGAGUUUAAGGAUAUGCGGGGCAAUAUUGACACGAGGUUGAAGAAGCUGGAUGCCGAGGAUAGCGAGUACUCGGUGUUGAUAUUGGCUGCGGCUGGGCUUUCGCGCAUGGGCUUGACAGGUCGUGUCUCUCAGUACUUGGAGAGCGGCACGAAAGGGGGCGGCAUGUUGCAUGCUGUUGGACAAGGAGGUCUGGGCAUUGAAGCAAGAGCUGACGACGAGAAGACGCUGGAGCUGCUGAAGGCUUUGGAGAAUAAGGAGGCGAUGUUGGCAGCUGAGGCCGAGAGGAGUGUCAUGCGAACAUUGGAGGGAGGGUGCAGUAUACCUAUCGGCGUCGAGACGCAAUGGGUGAGCGAGAACAAGCUGCGCAUGACCGCCACGGUUGUGAGCGUCGAUGGGACAGAAGGAGCCGAUGCCGAGCAUGAGACAGAGGUGAAGACGCGAGAAGAGGCUGUCGAGUUCGGUCUUAAGAUCGCUAAGCAACUAACAGAAAAUGGCGCUCAGAAGAUUUUGGACGUCAUAAAUGCGGCGAGGGCAGCGAAUCCAAAUACGGAGAAGUGGGUACCGGCGUAGAUGUCAGAAAAAUGGAUGAGGCAUGUACGAGUGUCCAUAGAUCUGGCUGCGACAUACGUGUUUGCUGAGCUUGCGCUGAAUCAAUAUACCCACGUUCCGUCUAUGAUACAAGGUUGAGCUCGUCCAGUAUGCGCACUCGUCUGGGUCUUUCAUGAUGUUGAACCAACCCU